AUGGCGUCACGAUCUAAGGACAACCCAGCUGACUCCUUAUCACGGGGUAUCAAGCCAGCUCAAUUACUCGAAAAUAACUUGUGGUUAUACGGUCCACUCUUUCUUCAUGGUUCCGAAAGCAACUGGCCUGGUUGUUCAUUAAAAACUCUCUGUAUUGAUCCGAUGAAUCCUGAAUGGAAACAAACGACAAGGGAAGUGGCCUUAAUCUCAACUGAUUACGAUAUCCAUUGGAUCGAUAGAAUUAAUCACAAGAAUUCAUUAAGAACUCUACUACAUACGGUGGGAUAUAUGCUGCGAUUUGUAAAUCGGGUAAGGCGAACCAAUUUAAACAAUAUCACUACGGCUCUAAGCCCUACGGAACUAGAGCUGUUACUCAGGUAUAUAGUGAAGUACAUACAACAGGCAGAACUAAGAGAAGAAUUAAAUCAGUUAGAACGCAAUCAAGUAGAACCUGCAAGUACACUUGCUGGACUGAUGCCAUUUUUAAAUGAACACAAGAUAAUUCGCGUGGGGGGAAGGUUAGAAGCAUCAUCACUGACAUAUGAUGAAAAGCACCAGAUAGUCCUUCCAUACAAUAACCCUAUUGUAAAACUGAUAAUGAAAGAUAUACAUGAACGAAAUAUGCACUGCGGCGGUCAAGCACUGCUGGCAGCAGCGAGACAAAAAUUUUGGCCGAUCAAGGGUAAAAUUAUGGCAAGAUCAACUAUUCACCAUUGCGUUCGUUGUACUAGAUGUAAACCUAUUACUUUUGAACAAGUCAUGGGAAGUUUACCAAGGCAUCGAGUACAGUCAAACAGGCCAUUUUUUAAUACCGGAGUUGACUUCUGUGAGCCUUUUUGGGUGCAUUAUAGGGUGAGAGGAAAACGUCCACAUAAGGCAUACCUAGCAGUUUAUUGUUGUUUUGCGACAAAGGCAGUACACUUGGAACUGGUAAGCGACUUGACAACAGAAGCAUUUAUCGGAUCAUUAAAACAUUUUAUCGCACGACGCGGAUGCUGCCAAAAUAUAUACUGUGACAAUUCAGCGAAUAUUGUCGGUGCCUCUAAUAGCUUGCAGGAAUUAACAACAACAAUCCAUUCCAAUGUAGCUCAGGAACAAAUAACAAAAACUUGCAGCAACAAAGGAAUAGCAUUUCACUUCAUCCCUUCUCGUACACCUCAUUUUGGUGGACUAUGGGAAGCAGCGGUUAAAUCAGCCAAAUACCUAUUGGUCCGAAGCGUUUCAACUGAAACGUUAACGUACGAGGAACUCGAAACCGUCAUUAUAGAAAUAGAAGCUACUUUAAACUCUCGACCUUUAACACCAAUGUCGUCUAAUCCAAAUGAUUUGCAGGCUCUCACACCAGGUCAUUUCUUAGUUGGUGAUGCACUAACAGCACCCGUAGACGCAACAUGUGAAAAGGUAAAAUCAUCUCUUUUGACUAGAUGGAAUCUGGUUGCACACUUAAAACAAGAGUUUUGGAAAAGAUGGCAGGCAGAGUACCUAAUGGAACUACAGGUUCGAAACAAGUGGCGUGAAGAAUGCAAAAACAUUGAAGAAAAUACACUGGUGAUCCUUAAAGAAGAUAAUGUACAACCUUUGCAAUGGCCUUUAGGGCGAAUAAUGAAGACAUAUAGGGGUAAUGAUGGAUUUAUACGAGUCGUAGAUGUGAAAACCGCAACAGGCAUGUUAAAGCGACCAAUUCACAAACUAGCACCCUUAUUUCCUGAAAACAAGCCUAUUAAAACACAGGAGGAUCGCCAUAACAAAAAAAAAACGAAUGGACAAUGA